AUGUACACCAUCCCCUCGCCCAUGGGCCUCCCCAAAGCUGUAAUUCUCUCGCUCCUCGUCCUGUCAGCAUGCGCGGCGCCCAUCCCAGAAGACCCCAGUGAUGGCAACGGGAUCGUCGGCACAGCCACGGCCGCCGCCUCGGCCGCGACAGCGUACAUCACCGGCGCUACCAACGAUCAGACAUACGUCUUCUUCCCCACAGCCAGCGACUGGUUCACUCUUGGAGUCCGAAACGCUGUCGAGUGGCAGUGGGAUUCUGCCAAAAGCGUGUGGUUUCGCGUCACAUUGAGCAACCCCUCGGUGGCGUUACUCUCUGCACCCAUCGACCUGGGUGCAAAUGUAUCCGCAUCCAUGUUUGGUUUUAGCACGUUGAAGUCACUUGACGCUGCUUUGCCAGGCUCGGGCUACGUCGUUACACUGCACGAUGCUUACAACUCGUCCAAAAUAUGGGCUGUCUCAGAUUCGUUCGAGCUCAAACCCGCCAACUCGACACCCACAUUGCCUGCGCCAUAUUCCGUCCUCUCGCUUGACAGCGCCGCCACACGGCGUGUCGUCGCAGGUAUGGCUGCGAGACUGUUUACCGCGACUGCCUUCCUUGUCAGCUUGGCGGUUUGGUAA